AUGUCGCAGUUGGCGGCCGGCUUGCCCGGUUCCGACGCCACCUUGAAACGCGACACGGCCAGCGGUGACCAGGAGCGCGGCAUCGGCCCAGCUGCCAUGCCUGAGCAGAGCGACGACGUCGCGGCCGAGAGCCCCAUCCCGGGGCUCGAGGUCUCCCUGACCCAGGUCAAGGCGUCCUCCCCGCCGGUCGUCACCGUGACCGUGACGAACAGGAACAGGUUCGCGGUGACGCUGCUGACGUACGACUCGCCGGUCGACAGGGCGGCUCUGAAGCUGGGCAUCGUGCUCGUGACGCCGGAGGGGGCCAGCGCGCCCCUGGAGCUGCCGCGGAUCCAGUUCCGGCGGGUCUGGCCGCCUGGGCCGGGGCAGCUCGUCACGCUCGCGCCGGCGGGUGAGGCGGGCAGCCGGACGAGGAGCGAGAUUGAGUUUGACGACGGGGCUUUGGAUCCGGCGCAGCUGGGGGGGGCCAAGGUGGUGGUGAAGGGGAGGUGGAAGGCGGUUUGGAAGAUGGCCAAGGAGGAUAUUGGGCAGGCGUCGCUGGAUGAUCCGGAUGGGAAUCCGGAUGCGUUCCAGGGCGAUUUCCAGAGCGAUGAGCUGGAGAUUGUUGUUUAG